AUGUCUGGCUACACAUCACCACACCGCUCGCGGAGAGCGAACAGCAUCAUCGUCCUGGACAGCAGUCCCGAGCCUGAGAAACACGACGCUCCAUCUGAGCCAGUCGACGUCAAGCCCGUCAUGUCAACUGCGCAAACGCCGCAGCCUGACUCCUCAUCUUCGCCCAUCAUUGGGCUUCCUCAGGUCAGGAGGCGCCGUACCACCCAAGUUGCCCGCAAGACUGCGCCGAAACCACCAGUCUCCGAGUCGGAACUCGAAUUUGACUUGGAGCGCAGUCCUAGUCCUGAGCAAGAGAUUCGAUACGGACCGGUGCGCCGUAAGAGGCACAUCACAGUGGCUCGCAAGACUGCGCGGAAGUUACCAGCGCUCGAGUCAGACAAAGAGUCCCUGCAGGAGAAGCGUGAUCUCAGCCCAGAGCCAGAGUUCCGUCCGUCCCAGGCCCGCCUUCAUCUUUUUUCACAAGGGGCAAAAAAGUCUGCAUCAAAGCUUCCACAGCUAGAUUCUGAGGAGGCAUCUGACUCCGAGCGCAUUCGAACGACUUCUUAUGACGACUACAUCAUGGCUGAAGCGAACCAAGAUGAUGCGUCACCUAAGCUCAUCACUGGCAAGACUGAGAUUGGUGACUCCGAAGCUGAGACCUCUUUCAAUGCUGAAGUGUCUCCACAUGCUGCGCAGCUCGUUCCGAAUGCAGACACCAUGAUUGAAGCAUCCUGGGGAUUCUCACACCUGGACGGCAUGGAAGACGUUCAGCAGACAGUCACACUGGAAGGCCUGAUCCCUUCGAAGCGCAAGGUCAUGAGCAUCGGAGCACUGCUUGCUCCUCAGCCGGAAGCAAACGUUGCACAAAGCACGAUGUCGAAUGUGUCAGCUACGAGCAGUGGGAGCCCACCGAGCAAGCGACUUCGAACCUACACCUCACCCUCAGACAACUCCGACAAGGCGCAGUCUGUAGAGCUCGCUGAUAGCACUGCAACUUCACUUCUGGACGCCAGCCGCUCUUUGGAUCACUCCGGUACCACUCCCGACGAUGAAGAUCAAGACAACCAUCUUCCCGAUGCAUCAGAUCUCAACACUACGAUCUCCGCACGCAGCUCCCUCAAUCGGAAGGCUACGCCGGAGCCUUCAGCCGACCCUCCCGAACCAGCCUCCUCCUCCCCUCUCUCCGAAGUCGAUCCGUCAUUCUUCCCAAAGGCACCUCCCAGCGUCCAAGGUCCAAAUCUACGCCCAAAGCGCCGCGUUCAGCCAACUACCAUCCCUAAACCCCGCCCUCAACCCAUUCGCAUUCAACCAUCCCGCACCAAAGCUCCCUCAACAGCACCGCCCAACACCCUCGUCCGCCCUCCCCCUCCGCACCCAAAGCGCACACAAGCCCCCCGCACGAACCUCGCCUCCUCACAGACACACAACACCCUCAGCCAACAGACCCUUCCCUCAGCCUCCACUUCAUAUGCCCCCGACUCGGACAUCGACGCCGGUGACAAUGACGUCCCCGCCCACAGCAGCGCAUUGACUGCUUCACGUUCAACCCUCCUCAAAACCCGCAGGGAACUGGUGAUGGUGAAGCAACACUUCCAAGAAGCUUGCCGAGACUGGGAGCGGCGCAGCGACCGCUUUCGUGCGGAAGCCGAAGCGGCGAACACAGAGGCCAAGAAGUUCAAGAACAAGUAUUUCAACGAACUGAAUGUGCUCGUGGAGAAUAAGGUGGAGAAAGCGAGGAAGCAGCUCACUCAAGAAUUCCAGGCGCAGCUGGAAGAGAAGCAGCACUCCAAGUCAGAGAAGAGGAGGAAUGGCAGGGGCAAGAAGAGCAGAACUGAAGUCGAAGAGGUGUAUCGGGACGCCAACAUUGCGAUGGGUAGGCUCUUGCAAGUGGAUCCUAGCUUCGCGGAUAGGAUCGCGGGUUUUGAUCCGGACGUGGAGGCUGCGCUGAGAGAAGCGGUGGCAAGAAGGAAUGAACGGCCUGCUACUGCGGUGUCGAGGGGGAUGGAGUUGGCGAAGAUGGGUCGAGCGGCUUCUAGCGGAGACGGGACAGUGGCGACGCAGAACUUCCAUAAUGUUGCGGUCAGCGUGAUGAAGGGCCUUGCGGAUGAUGUGAGGAGUACGAUCGAUAACCUCCGCACGAAUAGAGGAGACGGGGGGGUCGCGGACAUCCAGAACGCAGCCCGCAAGAAAAUCCAGGCAAACCUCGAAGCUGCCGAGACCGCUCUCGCAGAGGGCUUCGCAACCGCUUCUUCCUCAGCACAAGGCGCACCACUCACUACCCGCUCCGGCAUGACCUCGCCUUCCAUCCCGCCACCAGCCUCUCGCACGCAGUCCAUGCAGCCCAGCACCCCCGCAGCCACCUCCGGCGGCGAUCCUCCAUUCAGCAGCCCCACGACCAACGCCAUCGCCACCGUCGCGGAGUUUUGGCAGAGCGAAGCAAGCGGCAAAUUCACCAAAGCGCUGCAAGCUACCGUUCGAGGUCAGAGGGAGACGAAUAAAGACUUGAUGAAGAAGUUGGAAGAGCAGGUGAAGGAGAGGAGAGGUGUAGAGAGCAAGCUGAAGGAGGAGGGGAAGGCGAGGGAGGAGUUGGAGGGAAAGAUGGCGGAGAUGCAGGAUAAGUUUGGGGAGAUGCAGGCGAAGCUGGCGGAGAUGGAGAUGGGAGCUAAAGAGGGACAGGGUGGUGACCGUGGUGCUGAGGGCGAGGCGUGGGGUUGGGGGCUACAGGAUAUUCGCUACCCAUUCCGUUAUGAAUCUUCGUGGAACAUCAGUGCUGCCCUCAGCGUUGUUACUAGUCGCUUGUCCAUGUUCGGCUAUCCCAUCCUCAUGAGCAACACUGCAACUCGUCGAUCAAAUCGUCGAAAACCCGCCGGGACCAUGCCAGGCUCAAACGUCACCGGCGAAGUCGCCAAAGUGAAGACCGCCAAAGGACAGCCCGACAAGCCGACAGAGCUGCCCAUUGCUACUGUUCACUUCAUUCGCAGCCUCACAGUAUCCUCCCCUGAAACGGCAGACCAGACGCUCUCGCGGCAACACCUAUCAUCCUUCACGGUGUCCACCCUCGCUGCCGCACUGGAUCAGAGCUGCAGCUUCAGCGCAGUCAAGUCGUCCCUCAAGCAGUGCGAAGAUGCAGCAAUCAGACAGACCAUCGGCGACAGAACCAGCAGUAAUCACCUUGUCAUUUGCCAUGCCAUACAGCGAAACGAUGCGGGCAUUCUCCGCCUUCUGCUCGAGUACGACCAGAUCGAUCCAAAUGCUCUUGACUGGGGAAAUGUCCCCGUUCUCGCCUACGCCAUCAUGCGAUCGAAGUGGACCAGUGACAACACCACAGAGAUUGUCAAGACUUUGCUCAUCUAUGGUGCUGAACCUAACGUCAUUCCGCAAGACAUGUGGACAGAUUACGUCUCCACCCCAGCUCUUCAGACACCCACAACAAGAUUCGAGAACACCUACAAGACCUUGUGGUGCGACCACAAGAAGAGGACAAUUUUGGCUGAGACACUCAAUCUCACAAUGCGCUACAGUUUGUGGAGAGCUGCUCGAAUGGACCCGAUGAUUGCUCGUGUCAAGCAAAUAUCCAAAGGCAAUCGCAUUCUACCGCUUCACCAAAUCCCUUACCUGAUCAUCGGGCAAGAGAUUGCGACAAAACUUGUCAUCGAUAACAUCUUUGCACACAUUGUGAUGCAAGGUGACACAAAGCCACUAGUCCUCGCAUUUGCAGGGCUCUCAGGACAUGGCAAGACAGAAUUGGCGAGUCAGCUCGGAUCAUUGCUGUCUUCAGACUUCAUCGACAUUGAUUGCGCACAGACGAGUACGCUUUGGACACUGCUCGGUCCAACAGGCGGGUACCAAGAUCACCAACUUGGCUCUCCUCUGAACAAUUUUCCUGCCCGAUGCGGUGGUAAGAGAGCGGUAGUUUUCCUAGACGAAUACGAUAAGACCGAGAAAGACGUACGAGAUGCUCUGCUCACAGUCAUGGCCAGUGGAACGUACUGUGAAAGGAGAGGCAAUACCAACGUCGACUGUCGGAAAGUGAUCUGGAUCCUCGCAACCAACAAAGGGGACACAGCGAUUGCCACUUUCCACAAAAAAUACAUUGCGAGUCGCAAAGAGGAGGACAUCAGCAAAGUCUCGGUUGUGUCGUUAAGUCGGCAGCUGCACAAGCUCUUCACCACUCUCUACUCUCCGGCGGUCGCCGGCCGUAUCAACGCCAUCAUCCCCUUCUUCCCCUUCAGCCCAGGCGAGCAAGCCGUCGUUGCGCACAAAUUCAUUCUCCAUCUUCACGACACAGUACGGAAAGACAUCGACAUGAAAGAGCCCAACCCUCGACUCAUUGGGCACUGCCUCCUCUCACUCAACGAUGACGGCAAGAUCUGUCAACACCUGGCAAGAGACGGAUACGUGGAGGAGCUUGGGGCAAGAUCGUUAGACACAAAGGUUGGCGAGGUCUGUCAGGCCUUUGUCAGUAUUUACGCGAGAAGAGACGAGCUUGUGAAUGAGGAGACGAACAGAGGGCCGCUGAAAAAGUAUGUCAUUCAGCUCAAUCGUGUGGAAGAAGGAGUGGAGGAGCUUUCGGUGUUCGAGGAUGUGGUGAAAGAGAGGGAAAGUCAGGCGGAUGGUGAAGACAUCCAUGGCCGCAUGCAUCCCAACCAUGACGUCUCCAACUCCGCCGCCACUCUCGAGCCUCUCUGCAACUUCAUCUGGCUAAAGAUGCCGCAUGCACUUCAUCACCCGUCAGCCACACCCGAACCCUCAUCGUGUACAAUACAAACAUCGUACGUUGAGCUGCACUUGUUUGAGCGGACGAGAGCCAAGCACCGACAUGUCCCGCUAAAGGCUUGGAGAGGCCAUCGAGCAAUCUCGCCGCUAGGUCUAUCACCGGAGACUUGACUCGACAGUCUAUCGACCGCACGACCGUCCAUCAGCGCCAUGAACGUUAAUUUGCGGGUGACUUGCAGCCAUAGGAGGCGUCCGCGGCCUGUUUGACCAUACCUGGAAGGAUUUUCAGCUUGGAGAGGCUGCGCAGAACAAUCUCACCGCUAGGUCUUUCACCGGAGACUUGACUCGCCAGUCUACCGACCGCUACCCCUCUCGCUCAGCACCAGCGAUGACACACAGGUGUUUGCAACUCGAAAGAGCGUAUGCAGCCUGCCGGGAAAUCUCUUUUGGAUCUGGACAUUCAGCUUUGAGGGGCUACGAAGAAUAAUCUCAAUGCUAGGUCUUCCGCCGGCGACUUGACUCGCCAGUCUACCGACCGUCACCCACUCUCGCUCAGCACCAGCGAUGACAUACAGGUGUUUGCAACCUCUCGAGGCGUAUGCAGCCUGCCGGAAAAACCUCUUGAAUAUGGACGCAGCUUUGAGAGGCUGCUAAAGAAUAAUCUCGUCGCUAGGUCUAUCACCGGAGACUUGAUUCGCCAGUCUACCGACCGCUACGCCUAUCGAUUAGCGCCAUCGGUAUCUCUCACGACCAGCACCCCCGAACAAUGGAAGUAGAGACUUUGAGCUCUUCGGCGGAACAUGAAUGGACAGGACCGCCACUUCAGGACCAUGGCCUCAGGACCAUCACCCAAGGACCGUCGCACGGAUACGAACACACUGGACCACCACUUGGUUGGAUUUGAAACGGCUUUGAGCGGCCAGCGUCACAGCAAUCUCGAAAUCUGAACGUCCGUUGGCAAGGGCGGCCUCAACCCACCACGACUUCAGCAUACAGCUUCUCCACCAUUGAACAAAGAAAAAGCAAAAGAACAAGAAAAAAACACGAAAGACAAAGAACGUGGAAAAACAGGAACAGAAAGAACAAAGAACGAGCAAAAACAGAACCCAGAAGGAUAAUGCCUGGAGAGCUUG